AGGCGGUCCCACCAUUUGCUUCUUGCACCUUCGAUUCCUCCUCUAUAAAUAUCCCACAAGCCCUCUCCUCCUUCUCACCUAAGGUUCAAGUCAUUCAAUCCAUUGAGGUUGUCCUCUUCUCUGAAAUCGUUUUCCAUUCGAAGUUGAAUUUUUCAUCGACUGUGUCGCGUGGUUCGUUGUGUUUCUUCUGCUGUACUCUGUUGUUUCCGAUACCCAUUUUGCCAUCUUAGUGAUUCUUUCGUUCAUUUUUGGAUUUUGCAUCGUUUUGUUCACAGUUUAGAUAAUUUGGUGUUCAAGAUUGGAUUUUAGUACAGAGUUUGGUCUGUCAUACUCUGUUUUUAGACAAAUACCCGUUUUGUCAGUUUACUGGUUCUUUCAUUCAUAGUUCAUAUAUAUUCUUCUCUCAUACUCAUCACCCACAUCACCCAUAUUUGUCAAGUUUCGGUUCAGGGUUACAUUUUUCAUCCUUUAUUUCACAAUUUACAGAGCUUGCUUUACCAUACCAUACUCCGUAUCUAGACAAAUUUUUCAUCCUUCAUUUCACAAUUUACAGGGCUUGCUUUACCAUAACAUAGUCUGUAUCUAGACAAAUACCCAUUACCUCGAUUCAUUCAUUUGUUUGUCCAUUCGAAGUUGCAUUUUCGCAUUAUUUAAUCCAAAACCGAAAAACCCAUUUCCCCAAAUCGCUCAGUUUUCCAUUCCAAACCUAUAAAAUGAAAAGGGACGUGGAGGAGCUGGAGCGCGUGUUCCGCUGCAUCGACAGCAACGGCGACGGGAAGAUUUCGGCGGCAGAGCUGCGGCACUGCGUGGUGAUGAUCGGCGGCGACCUGCCGGAGGAGGAGGCGGAGGCGGCGGUGAAGUCAGCGGACUCCGACGGGGACGGGCUGUUGGGGUUGGAGGAUUUCAUUGGGCUGAUGGAGGCAGAGGGGGAAGAACAGAGGGUGAAGGAUUUGAGAGAAGCAUUUGCGAUGUACGACGUGGAGAAGUGUGGGUUCAUAACUGCGAAGAGCCUGCGGAGAAUGCUGAGCAGGUUGGGAGAGUCGAGGUCUGUGAACGAGUGCAAGAAGAUGAUCAAGAAAUUUGAUUUGAAUGGGGAUGGUGUGAUCAGCUUUGAUGAGUUCAGAGUAAUGAUGCAGUGAAAGUGAUUGAUAAGCUUUGAUUGUUUUAAUUGUUAAUUUGCUCUCUUUUGGGUUGGGCACAUUGAUUUGGGAUGCUAUUGUACAAAUUUAUCUGUCUCGAUCAAUAAAUAUUUUCCUUCUCAAA